CGCUCGGAUCCCCCACUCCCCGCCCCGAUGUCCUCCACUCCCGUGCGGUCGCCCACCCUGCGGCCCCAUCGGAUGAAGAAGGACGAGUCUUUCCUGGGCAAGCUCGGGGGCACGCUGGCCAGGAAGAAGAAAGCCAAAGAGGUGACUGACCUGCAAGAAGAGGGUAAAAAUGCUAUCAACGCACCAAUGUCCCCUGCCACAACUGAUCUCCAUCCGGAAGAUGCUUUACUAGAGGAGAAUGAAGAGCGCACCAUGAUAGAUCCCAACUCGAAGGAGGAUGCCAAAUUUAAAGAACUCAUCAAGGUUUUGAUUGACUGGAUAAAUGAUGUCCUAGUUGAAGAAAGAAUCAUCGUCAAGCAGCUCGAGGAAGACGUCUAUGAUGGGCAGGUGCUACAGAAGCUGUUGGAGAAACUAGCUGGCCGUAAACUGAACGUGGCUGAAGUGACGCAGUCUGAAAUCGGCCAGAAGCAAAAACUACAGACUGUUCUGGAAGCCGUCCAUGAUUUACUCCGACCCCACGGCUGGACUAUCAAGUGGAAUGUUGACUCAAUUCAUGGCAAGAACCUGGUGUCCAUUCUCCAUCUGCUUGUUGCAUUGGCCAUGCAUUUCCGUGCUCCCAUCCGACUUCCUGAACAUGUUUCUGUGCAAGUGGUGGUUGUAAGGAAACGGGAAGGGCUGCUCCAGACAGCCCAUGUCACGGAGGAGCUCACCACCACCACAGAGAUGAUGAUGGGAAGAUUUGAACGAGACGCUUUUGAUACCCUCUUUGACCAUGCUCCGGAUAAACUAAGUGUAGUGAAAAAGUCCUUGAUCACUUUCGUAAACAAACAUUUAAAUAAGCUGAAUUUGGAAGUGACAGAAUUGGAAACCCAGUUUGCAGAUGGUGUUUACCUGGUAUUACUGAUGGGCCUCCUUGAAGACUAUUUUGUUCCUCUUCACAAUUUCUAUUUAACGCCAGAAAGUUUUGAUCAGAAGGUUCACAAUGUUUCCUUUGCUUUUGAGCUGAUGCAAGACGGAGGGUUGAAGAAGCCUAAAGCUCGACCAGAAGAUGUUGUCAACUUGGAUCUGAAAUCUACCCUAAGGGUUUUAUACAACCUGUUCACAAAAUACAAGAAUGUUGAGUGAUCUGGAGACCUCCUGAGAUGCUAAGGAUCUUCAAAACAUCCUUUUUUUAGGGGAGGGAAGAAAAUAAACUCUUUAUUUUUCUUCCUCUAAUGCCUUAUGUUGGAUUCUCUGAUGUAUGAUGGUAUCCCUUCUUCUGUUAAGAUUUUCUCCAUAUUACUCUUCUAUGCUUUGGGCCCACUCUGUGCCUUUUAAAAUGUAGUUUAAUUUCUUGAAAUAUUCCACAUUGUACUUGUCUGUUCUACAAGUCUGUCGUCUCCUUUAAUGCUACAUUCAACAAAAAUGCCUUGUUCCAUUAGUGGAGAUUGCAAUUACGAUUCAUUUCUGCUGGUGAGAAGUUCUGAUGCUGUUGAUGAAGAAAUAAUAACUGUGAUGCAUUUUGUUCAAAUAAUUUACUCAUUUCUGAAUUCUUCUCUGUAUCGCAAUUCUGCCAUAAACUCACUAGUUGGGUGGCUUUAGGCAAGCCAUCCGCAGCCCCUAUUCCCACGUCGGCAAUAUGGAGAUAACAGUACUGACCUGCCUUACAGGGCCAUUGUAAGACAUAGUAAGGUAACAGACAUGAAGUGCUUUGAACACUCUAAAGUGCUAAACGAAUGCUAAAUAGUAUUUAUCUAGGUUCUUAGCUAUAACAUUUAGGGAUAAGCGAAGGCUGGAUGGAGUGUGGAAUUUAAUUUAAAAAAUGUGUGCAACCGUGAGAGUAAGAAGUACCAGUGAUCUGUUUGGGGAAAGGAGAAUUUCCUCCUCUCAUACUUAAAAGGCAUGAGUCCAUAUCCUCUGUCCCCACAUUGCAGUAUAUACCCCAAUUUGACUGUAUGUAGCCCAUCCGUGUUCAUUAAACCGCUGCACACCUUCCUUUAGGUAUUAUUUUUGUUUCACUGUAUUUGUUUGUUUUAAGACUGUGACCUCAAACUCUUCUAUAUACCUUUUCAAGGCAUUGCCUUUCUUUUUGUAUUACCUUUGUACCAUUCAGUAUUACUUCCACUGAAUACACUGUGAAUCUCAGAUGGAAUGACUGCCUAAUUUGAAUAAAGUAGGAUUUCUUUACCUUUU